UUCCAGCAUUCGCGGAAUCUUAUGCAGCCUUGCCUAAGAAUUUUUUCGCAUAAGGUGGCGAAAUCCAGAUAGCAUACAAUGCUUCGUACAGCAUUUUUGCUGACGAAGCCUUCACAUGCGCUGUUCCAUACUUGUGGAUUCAACGGGAAGUUUAAUGAACUUAAAGGUAGGUUAUUUCGUGCCGCUCAGUCAUCACGAAAACGAAAUGUUGCGACGGAGGAUAUAAUUGAAGAGACUCGCGCCAUGUUAGAAUUUGGCUUGACACGUGAACAUCUUCAGAAUCUGCCACGAAAGGAGCUUUUCCCUAAGAAAGCAAUGUAUAAUGUGGAAGAUGUUUACAACAAAGCAUUACAGGUACAUGGUGAAAGAGGUAUACAACAAAGAAUGCAAUUAUAUCAAAAAUAUUUGUAUCAUAACUCAUUGUUUGAUGAGCGAAAACAAAAGAGAAACCAAUCUACUUCACUUGCUGCGGAGGAUGCUACAAAUGCUGUAAAGAUUGCACUGGGUACGAAUUUCCUUGACGUUUGCUUCAAAUUAUAUGGGGCAUUUAUUACCGGAUCAAAAAGCUUAGCUGCAGAAGGUUUGCAUAGCUCCCUGGAUUUAACCAACCAAAUUAUUUUGAUGUAUGGAAUACGAUGGUCGAAAUUGAAUCCCACGCCAACUUACCCGUAUGGUUACGGCAAUGCACGAUAUAUUGCUUCGUUAAUCAGUGGUUGUUGGCUUUUUGGAUUCGGUGGUGGAGUUUCGCUGUAUCAUGGUGUUACCGGUCUUCUUCAUCCUCACGCAAUUGAAUCACCAGCAUGGGCAUUUAUCACUUUGACAAUGUCUUUCUUACUACAAGGGUCAUCGGCGUCAUAUGCGUGGUGGAAAGUACGGCGGAAAGCCAAGCAGUGUCGCAUGUCCAUUAUUGAAUACGUGAGAACAAGCGCUGAUCCAAGUUUAAGUGUUGUUUGCUUGGAAGAUUCAGCAUCAAUUCUUGGAGCGUUCAUUUCUGCUUCAUCAAUCGCAUUGAGCUGUGUGCUAGAAACCAGUAUCCCGGACUCCGUUGGUUCAGUUCUAAUUGGAAUUUUGUUAGGUAGUAUUGCCGCAUUCAUCAUUCGCAAUAAUGCUAUGCACUUGGCAGGAAAAUCAGUCCCACAAAUAGUUAUCAACGAUAUUGUAGCACAAUUAAGGCACGACAACAUCAUCAAGUCAGUACACGAUGUGAAAGCAGUUGGACAUGGAGUUGGGCAAGUUCGCUUUAAAGCAGAAGUAGAGUAUGAUGGGCGAGCAAUUACCAAUUUGUAUCUUUCGGAAUCAUGUCAUAUUCCUUCUGUCAUUGAGGAAGUGAAGAAAAUUAAAGACGAAGAAGGAUUGCGACGGUUCAUGUUACAUCAUGGUGAACAUAUUGUUAACCGAAUAGCUGAUGAAGUGGAUCGCAUUGAAGAAGUGAUCACCAAGAAGCAUCCGGAUGUUAAACAUGUUGAUUUAGAACCACUGUAA